CUUCGGCUUCCCCCCAAGCGGACAAUCUCCGCGACGAAGAGGCAAGCGCCGCAAGCGUUCGCCAGCCUUCGAAGAACGGAACAGCCCGGGUCGCUCUCGGCCCUGAAGCCUAGGCGGCAGAAAGCGCGAGGCGAGACAGACGCCCCUGACGAUGGAUGUGUUCCUCAUGGUGCGGCGGAAAAAAACCACCGUCUUCCUCGACGCGAAGGAGACAACCUCGGUGCGCGAGCUGAAGAAGAUGAUCGCCGGAAUCACCAAGGUCGCGCCCGAGAACCAGGUGCUCUACAAAGACGACCAGUGCAUGGACGACAACAAGGUGCUCACCGAGUACGGCCUCAACAGCAGCACGGCCAAGGCCCAAGCGCCAGCCACCGUGGGGCUCGUUUUUCGAGACCCCGACACGGGCAAGUUCGAACCGCUUGAAGUGACGCCGCUCUCGAGCCCGCCCGAGCUGCCGGACGUCAUGAAACCGCCCGAAUCGCAGACCCACGAACAAACGGUGGCUUGAGAAGACACAGCUGCGUUGCCGCCGACCACUUAUUUGCCCCCGCCACCACUCCGAACAGCGCUUGCGGCGUUGUCGCGCUUGCCUCCCCUUUUCUUGGACCCAGAAUGAGUUCUUACGCCUUUUCAACUCUUCCUUUCUCGACCACGGUUGAACCUUUCCUCUCGGCCACCCAUUUCGUCCGCACCACCGCCGAGUGCCUACAGCUCUUUUGGGGACUCCGUUCUCUGCUUCGCCUCCUUUGGUUCGUCGCUCCUCGGCCGCCGCGGCUGCGGCCGUAGUGCGCUGCGUGUGUGCACCACUACUUGCAUUGCCGGACUGUCAUCGAUUCGGAACCGAAAAAGAAAACAAAAACAGAUUUGGUGGGCGACUACUACGAACUGCUGUGACGUGUGACGGUGUGAGAUAAAGUGCUUUAUUUAAUUUUUAUUAUUUUCUUGCACGUCUCUAGAGAAGCGAUUCGUCUGUUUUCAAGCCUCGGCUGUCACGUGGUUGCUGUUGCCAACAGCCGCCCGCGUUGUCUGGGAAUGACGCUGCUUGUUUAAACUUCUUCGAGACACGGCGGGGAAGAUAGGGUGAAAGGAUUUCCUUUUCUUUCUUUGGCUUUUAUUUUUUCACGCCUGAGCCGCGACCUCUUAACGGUAACACUGCAUGUUUCGUUGUGGCAAGCUCACCUCCCUGCGCCGUUUGCAAUUCAUUCUCAGGUUGAUCGCAGCACUUGCGUAAGCGCCCGCCCUGAAAAGUUUCACCAGCUCCGUUAAUUUAGGUGUGUGUUUUUUCCGGGAUGACUGCACAGUUCUUACCUCCGCACCAACAGUCAGUUAAAAAGUUAGCCUCGGCACCGGAUGGCAUCACUCAUGUUUUGUUGUUCAUAUCGUAAGGUUUUCUCCACAUCGCCCAAUUUUUUAAAAUAUUUUACACGAAUUGUGCGAAGCUGUUCGGUGUGUUACUAGUGGAGGAAUACACAACCUCCUCUUCAGGGGCUUGCAUGCGAGCUAAAUAUAAACUAUUCUUGGCACGGCUCUUGCUGCGUUUUGGCCAGGCAAAGAAGAGCAGCUUGUGGAUUUACACUUGUUGAAAGGUCCGUUUAAUGAGCAGGUUGACUUAAGAGUUUGCAAUAAUGGCAUUUCAUUUUUAUUCUUUCACCUCGCAGCUUGUACGGCAUAUUAGCAAACUGACUCUCGGAUACUUUUUUUUUUCUCGUGGUGCAAGGACCACGCAGUAUAAGCCUCAGCAGUUGACUUCUCAAGCUUUUUUUUAAUUGAUAAAUCAUUGUGAAACGUAAAUGUUGCAUCCUUCUUAACAGCACGACUACUCUGGUCAUUGAGAUUCUGCCCCCGUCUUCACUGACACACAUUAUGACAGUGUUAGAGGUUUGAUUGUCCCCUCAUUUAAAACUUUUGUAAUUUGUAACAAAGGUUAGCUUUUCACAUUAGCCUUAACAAUGCACUAAGCUGCACAAACUUUUGGCAGCUGCAGCACUGUUGUAUGGAACAGUGCCAUGCCCGUCAUUGUGAUAGCUCUCGUGAAUGCUUUUCAUUGGAGGCUUUUGGCUCGAUGUUAAGCUAGUUUCUUGACUGGCCUUUAAACAAAUUGGUAGUGUUGGGAGCGGGAAGUUAAAUUGGUUGUUGGCUUGUGUAGCAACUAUGCUGCUCACCGUAUUUCUUUUGUUUUAAUAAAAUGUUUAGCUAGGAGCUUUUUGUAACAACCAAGACAGUGUGUGUGUGUAAUGCUAGGACGAAUGACACAAUUUGGUGCAAUUUUCUUUAUUUUUGAAAGAAGAAAUUUGUUGACAGCUAGUGGGAGUAGGUGAGAUAUUACUUUUGUUAUUGAUAUAAACUCAAGUAUUUAAUAGCCUUGAGGCACAUGCAUUGUUCCGAAUGGUAAAAAAAAAAUUUGUACUUAAGGAAAAUUCAUUGUGUAGCAGACCCAUUUGGCGCAUUAAAGCAGUUUGUUUUACAAUUGUG